UUUUCAUUUCAGUAUAUAUCUUAAAGGCCAUGUGAUGUUAUAAAUUUCAACGAAUCAGUCAAUCAACUCCCACACGGCGCCAUCACGCGUCUUAAAGUUGCCCUUUUAUAGAUCCCGAAUUUGGCACAAAAGUCCUUUACUGUUGAAAUACGUUUGUUUCUGAUUCUACAGAAUAUCUACAUACGUAGCUUUAUCCAUAUACUUUCCUUUCUCAGUUAGAGUUAAUGGCGGAUUCUGAGUCCGAGCAAAGUGCCAACAUCCAUAGAGACUUCUAUAUUCCUACAUAUAUACUUGCACCGGAUGCUUCGAGCAACAGUAUACGUCUACCUGAUGUACCUACAUGCCCUGUGCUAGUGUUCAUCAACUCUAAAAGUGGAGGUCAACUUGGAGGACAACUUCUUCGUACAUUUCGACAUCUUCUUAACAAAUAUCAGGUUUUUGAUUUGGGAGGAGAAGCUCCUGAUAGUGUUUUACGUAGACUGUAUUUGAAUAUAGAAAUGCUCAAGAGUAAUGGUGAUCAAUUUGCUGCCGAUAUUGAAGAGAGAAUGAGAAUAAUCGUUGCAGGUGGAGAUGGCACGGCUGGCUGGCUUUUAGGAGUUGUAUCUGAUCUCAAACUAUCUCAGCCACCUCCAAUUGCGACAGUGCCUUUGGGAACUGGAAAUAACCUUCCAUUUGCUUUUGGCUGGGGAAAGAAGAAUCCAGGGACCGACCUUAACUCCGUCAUCUCAUUUUUGAAGCAAGUAAUGAAUGCAAAGGAAAUGAAGAUGGACAGUUGGCACAUUCUUAUGAGAAUGAGAGCACCAAAAGGUGAUCCUUGUGAGCCUAUUGCACCGCUGGAAUUGCCUCAUUCUUUGCAUGCCUUUCACCGGGUUUCUCCAUCUAGCAAACUGAAUGUGGAAGGUUUCCAUACAUUCCGUGGAGGUUUCUGGAAUUACUUCAGCAUGGGGAUGGAUGCACAAGUAUCUUAUGCAUUUCACUCAGAGCGAAAGAUGAACCCUGACAAAUUCAAAAACCAACUUGUCAAUCAGAGUUCAUAUUUAAAGCUAGGAUGUACACAAGGAUGGUUUUUUGCCCCCCUCGUUCAUCGUUCUUCGAGGAACAUAGCUCAACUGACCAAGGUUAAAAUAAUGAAAAAGCAGGGUGAAUGGCAAGACCUUCACAUCCCUCCCAGUGUCAGGUCAAUCGUAUGCCUCAACUUGCCUAGCUUUUCCGGUGGACUAAAUCCUUGGGGAACACCAAAUAGCAACAAACGUCGAUAUAGGGACUUGACUCCUCCUUUUGUAGACGAUGGCCUUCUUGAGGUUGUUGGAUUCAGAGAUGCUUGGCACGGAUUGGUCCUCCUUGCUCCCAAAGGACACGGGACACGUCUUGCUCAGGCUCAUCGAAUCCGGUUUGAGUUUCACAAAGCUUCAGCUGAGCAUACGUUUAUGAGGAUUGAUGGGGAACCAUGGAAGCAGCCCCUACCAGAAAAUGAUGACACUGUUGUGGUAGAAAUUUCUCAUCUGGGCCAAGUUAAGAUGCUUGCUACCCAUGACUGCAGAGCCAAAAGCAUACAUGAUCCCUCAAGUCAAUUCAAUCAUGAGGCUGAUGAGGUUGAUAGCGAUGACGAAAAUUCUGUCGAUGAAGAAAGACGAAAAUUUGGGGCAGCAGACACUUUCAAAAUUCCAGAUGAGGUUGAUGUUUCUAGUCUCAGUUAGUUUCCUAGUAGUUCUCCAAUUACCUCUAUAUUCCAUUUGUUGUAUAGUAGACAAAACGAGGCUCCAUGCCAAAUUUAAUGAAAUAGAUAUUUUAGAAGUUUUGCGUAGAAAUUUCCUGACUAAUUGUGGUGUAAAGGAGCAAGUUCAAUGACUUGGUGUAUGAUAAAGGAGGCGCUUGAUUUCA